AGGGAAAUGAAGGGUCUGAGGGGAAGGCGAGGGAAGCUGUGCGAUGUCCCCCCUCCCCUCCCCCGUCCCCGGAGGUCUCCCUUAGGGUAGGGCAGCAGGAAAUAGUAGAGUGAAACACAAGUCGAAAACUUCCAAAGCUGAUGUUAAACUAAAGGCUUCUAAGGCAGCUGAUCCUUCUAUCGCCAUGGAUCCUUUCAAAGGUGCAGGAGACUCAGCAUGUAAAGAGCACCUAGCCCAGUGUCUGGCACAUAGAAGACAUUCAGUAAAUGUUUAUUGAAUUGAAUUGGCUAAACAACCAUUGGUAAAACCAACUGACAAGCAAUUCAUGGGAAAAAAAUAGAUUUAAUUGAAGUAAAGAACACUUUGCUAAAUUAAAAAUAUCCAAGAAAUUUCAUCUCCAAUCCUGCUUUAAGACUGUUCAUAAUGGAGGAAUGAAGAGUGCCUGCUUGAAGGACUUAUGUCCUGAAGACAAAAGACGUAUUGCAAACUUAAUUAAAGAGCUUGCCAGGGUAAGUGAGGAAAAGGAAGUGACAGAAGAACGACUAAAAGCUGAACAGGAGUCGUUUGAGAAGAAGAUCAGACAGCUAGAAGAGCAGAAUGAGCUUAUCAUCAGAGAAAGGGAAGCCCUGCAGCAACAGUAUAGAGAGUGCCAGGAGCUUCUGAGUCUUUAUCAGAAAUACCUUACUGAACAGCAGAAGAAGCUCUCUCUGUCCCUCUCAGAGCUCCACACUGGUAAAGUGAAGGAGCAACAACAGGUGCCCUUCAGGAAGGACUCUCCCAGUUCUCCACAUCAGGAACAGAAUGGUCCCUGUAGGAACCUCACAAGUUCACAAACCUAUCAAAACAAGAAUGAGCCUAAAUAUGCAAACCAGAGCUCAGCUUCAGAAACAAAUCUGCACUUCAGGAAUUAUUCUCCCAGGAUGGCAACCCGUCAUCUUCCUCGGAGUGGUCUGAAUAGGGCACAAGCAGGGGCGAGAAUAUGUAACCACAGGUCUCCAGGAGCAAAGCUAAUGGGCUCAAUUCUGCCAGAGAGAGCCUCAUCAGAUGAAAUGAGACUUAAGGAAUUUUCACACUCCCAGCCUUACCUAGGUGGUCAUUGCUGUGUUCACAGUCAUCCUGAAAAUGAAGAUCAUGUUCAUGGGAACCAUCAGGCAAAAAUGACCAGAUGGCAUCCCAGGACACAUCAUCAGGAAUCAUGCGAUUAUUGUGAGCUUUCCUGGACACCUAUGCUAUGUGCACCAGUGGCAUUGGAGCCUGAGGAAAUGGAUGACAAAAAGCAGAUGUCAGUAGAGAGGAGGAAUCAACUUCUCCUGCAGAAAAUGGAGCUGGAGAUUGAAAAGGAGCGCCUGCAGCAUCUGCUGGCCCAUCAGGAAACAAAACUUCAGUUGAAACAGCAGCAGCUCCACCAGUCCCGGCUGGAUUAUAGUCGGUUAAAAAGCCAGGCUGAGUUUAAUUCAAGAGAUACUGCCUUUGAUGAAGCACUCAGGAAAACCCAAGAACCGAAUCUUUCAUUGAAUGGAAUUGGCACAGAUCUAAGCUUACUGAAGUUGAAGCGUGAUGAUUACCUGCUAAGAACAUUGUCGCCCAGCAAAGGGUACACAUUGCACGGCGAAGGGCACAGGAUGGGGAAGAAAACAGUUGGAUUUCAGUCAGCUGUAGACGAAGAUGUCCUUUGGACGUAUCAAAAGAAUGACAUGAGCAGAUCCAGAAAAGGGGCAAUGUCGGGAGCUAGAAAAGAUGCAACUACUUCUCCUGUAAUGUCAGUCAAGCAAAAGGAUUUUGUAACCACAGCUACGUCACCAUUCCAACAUGAUGCUGCCAGGUACAAUACCACCCUGCUGGACUUGGUCCAUUCCUUGAGUCCCAGCUCUGCUCCUAGACCACGGCCACCUCUCUUAAGGGAAGCUUUUGCCUGGAAUCAGAGCCCAGUCCAGGUCUGCCCCCGAAAGCUAACCCAGGCCUCAAGGGCAUGUGGGCCAUAUGAAGAGCUGGAAGAGAGUCGGAUCCUAGAAGACAUUUUCUUCAUUUGAUGCUGAAGCAUGAGCUACAGGAUUUCCACAAGAAUUAGGAUUUUAUGUCCCUGUCUCUGCAAUGGAUUUAUUUCUCCACAAAAUCAAUUUAAAUUAUUUGAUUGAAAAGUAACUGUGUCACUCCUUUCAUAGGGAUCUAUUUCACUAGCACCCUGUUAAAUUUGGAACUGAGAGAUCAUGCUGGUAAUCUAAGGUUUGGUCAGUCUAAUCAAAAUGUGUUAUAUUUUAAAAAUAGUCUUUCAUGUGCUGAGCAGUGAUUAGAAAAUUAACAUAAGACAUUUUUUCUUCAUCUCAGAAUCCAUUGUCUGUCCAGCCUCAUUUCCAGAGCAUAUUUCUUUCUCUGUCUUCUGUACACAAGGAGAAAGUUGGUUUUUGUUCAAAUAUCAUUCUUUAAUUAAAAAGCAGCGUUUUUGUAACACAGGCUAUUCUAAAAGGACAGGCUCUUUCACACUCUCUGUUUCUUUCAUCACCAGCUGGUUUCCACAUUUAGUCUUUCAAUUCUGAAGCUGAGUUUUUUAAGCCUCAGUAUAGAAGGGUUCUUUUUCUUAUUCCCAGCAACACUAAUGGACAGGCCCUAAGGAAGCUCAGCAGGGAAUAGCCUGUAAAUGUCUGCUAUCUGGCAAGAGGGGCUCAUAGGAAUAAAUGAGGAAAGAAUACAAGUCAGUCCUCUGAACUACACCAUAAUAUAUGAAUGGAUACUAUAGAAACCUAGAAGCAUUGGAUGUUUGCCUCUGAAUGCAGGGGGGAAAUCCAAAGAGGAAAUAAACCUGAACCAAUUUUCCUACCAGUUUACACUAUUUGGUGGUCACCACCAUUUCCCAUAGGCAAUGAGACUAAUCUCUAUAUAUUUUUUAAACUGGAAGUCUCCAGGGUACAGUCUCCCCACCAGCAUUUAAUUAUGUACAUAGAAUCUGUUUGAGCUCAACCAUAUGUUCUGUUAUAUGCUUCAUGCAUUUGUGUAAGAGAAGAUGAUGUAUGAGUAGAAAAAUGGCAGCAGAGUUCUAAAGGCUGAAUGGCUCCAUCUCUCCCUGUUGUAAGGUUAGCAUUUCUGUGGCCCCCAAAACUAUGGACAUCAGUGAUGGGGAAGUGCAAAUAUUACAUUGUAGGGACUUGAAUCCCUACCAGGUAUCCUAGGGACCUAUUUACCAGGCUUACCUCUGUACCAGACAGAGACCUCUUAUACUUCUAACUCUGCCUUUCAUCUGCCCCAAAGUUGAGCUGAGAUCAAGCCUCUGUAGAUCAGCAUUGGCAGCUAAAAUUAAGCUUGCCAGCUAUGCAGAGGUCUUACUGUGACAAUAGUUCCAGAUUUAUAAAACUGCUUGUUGUAAGGACCUCCCUGGAUUCUUGGAUUAAAUUUGCCCUGUUCUGCUGUACUGUGGAUCUGAAAUUUUUGGAACUAGGCAGACCUAAGUGAUUUGAUUAUUAGUUUGAGCCCAAAGCUAUUCUGUGUGAAUUUGUCCCUUCUGAUUGGACCCCCGGGCUUUGUCUCAUUGCUUUAUGCUUUGGAGAAGUGAGAAGAGAAAAUUUUAUUUCUUCCAUAUUUUUUCAUGUGCACUAAAUUUGUAGUUAUCUCCAGAAUUUCCUCUUCUCUCUCCCUGCCACCGGAACUUUAUCCUUAGAUGUAGCUGUUCACUUGAAAGGUUGAAAACUUGCUUUCGAUUGCAGAAUAAAAGGUCACUUCCGUGAAGGAAACCAAACCAGUCCUAUUCUUCUUUAGGUAUAGAUAAUGGGGGAAGGAGGGAGGGAGCAUGCAAAGAGGGAAAGGGUAGAGAGGAAAGGGGAAAUCUAGGCAAGUUUUGAAUUUCUACGAGGUCUUGGAGAUUUGGACCAUUUUUUCAAUGUGAAAGGAACUGAAAUAUGAGUAACAAGCCAAAGCCAAUUCUUUUCAGUAAAAGCAGUAGGCCUCUUUGGCAUCCUUAGCCACCUCGCCCUCAGUAGCCCGUGUGGCUCACUGGCGGUGGAUAAACUCCCUUCUCCUGGAUUAGCUGUGCUUCACAGGGAUACUAAGUCUACCCCCCAGAAAACCCAGCUUGACAGGGCUUUCACAAAGGUGACCAAAUUGAUGAACCCUCUUCCUCCUUAGUUCAGUGGUCUUUCUACACUCUUCAGUAAGCCCCAAAUUCAGGAAACCUGGCAGUCUUUGAAAGAACCACAUUACAAGGUCUCAACCAAACACUUAUCUUGUUUCACUCGGUUACUACAGCUUUAAUUGCCUCUUUUAUUAGCUAAUAAAUGGACCAUUUGGAAGAGCAAAGUUUGGUUUCCAGGAGUGCCUUUACCCCUACAUGUCCUUUUCCAUAAGCCAGCCCCCCUUGGUUGUUCCUUGUUAUUUUGUGAGUGUUGGUGUUGAAUUCCUUGUGGGGAAGGGCAUAUGUGUAUAUAUGAAUAAUCCAACUUGUUCAUUACCAUUGAAUGGUGGGUUUUUGUGUUUUAAUCUGUAUUUUAGGCUGAUAAAAAAGUAAAUAUAUAUAUGUGUGCAUGCACACACACAUUGAUAUAUGGAGGUAAAGAAAUUGUUGGAGCUUUGAGACCUAAGCCUGCCUGUAGAAUGUCCCAGUUGUUAAGUGACCAUUUCUGGACUUUUAAUUAUAAAGUAGAAAAUAGUCCAUCUCACUCCCUACCUCCGUCCCUUGCACACACACCCAUGUCAUCCUAUCCCUUCCAGUUGGAAUCCACCCUGAUGGUGCUAUGUAGGAGCAUUCCUCAACCAAGCUUCAAGUCCUAUCUCACAGAAGCAUUUGGGCACAGAGAGAGCCCAAGUCAGGGGCAUGUAUGCAGUUAUAACUUUGCUUUCCUUUCUACCCCAUAGGGCUAGGAAGAAAAAGUAAUCAGUGUUUAUAAGAUAGAAAAGAACCAAAUAAAUCUUUAAGGAAUUAUUUUCAAAGUAAUUUCAAGACUUGGUGUUAAAAGCCCAAAAUCAACAAUUAAAAACAGUCUUCCGCCAGGUACCUUUUCAGAAGAACUUUUUACACACAGUACCUACCUAUGGUUGGCUGGUUCAGAGUACCCCUAGCUGUCAUGGAAUGAGGGGCAGCACUUGUACCCCUUCCUCAAAGAUUGUUCUUAACACUUACCUCCUCAUCCAAUUCUGUGGCAACUACUGGGAAAUCUGUUGGAUGGCAGGGGGAUUCAUGGGGCCUCUGGUUAUGUCUAGUCUGUGGUGACCAGAGAGGUCUCCCAUCACCCCUUUCAGCUUCGUGCAUGGUAUUUUUCAAUGUGGGUAAAUGGUUAUAUACAUAUGAAGUUUUAAAGUUAAUAAAUUAUUUGGCUUGUUUUCCUCUA